UUUUUUAUUUGGGUAUUUUAAAUAUUUUUAUAAGUUUUUUUAAAAAUUUUUCUAAUUUUUUGAUGUCUAAUUCUGUUUUGCCUUCCUCUCCUGUAUUUUUUGGUGUAGCAACAAAGUUGGAACCUGAUGAUAUUUACAAACUUGAACGUCAAUAUUUACCUUUAGGUAAAGUUGGUGGAUUUCCUGCGUGGCUAAAUCCAGUGACAAUUCCUCAAAGUGAAGAUUUGGAAUGUUUGGUAUGCCACUCACCCAUGGCUUUUUUAUUACAAAUAUAUUGCACAAAUUCAUCAGAACCUUCACAUGCCUUUCAUCGUGUUCUUUAUUUAUUUGCUUGUCGAAAAGGAUGUGCAAAUCCAAAUGAUUCUUCUAAUUUUUCUGUUUUUCGUUGUCAAUUACCCCGAGACAAUCAAUUUUAUAGUUUUGAUGGGCCAACACCUUUACCUUCCACUUCUUCAGCUUCUUUUGACCCUUUUUUUAAUUCUGAAACUUUUCCUAAGCUUUGUGUUGUUUGUGGAUGCCGGGCUGGGAAGAGAUGCUCUAAAUGUUCAAAAAGAAUGUAUUGUUCGAGGAAUCAUCAAAUAAUUGAUUGGCAAACAGGCCAUAGAGAAGAAUGUGGUGCAGAUGAGAAAGGCAAUUUUUAUAUUUUUUAA